GGAAGGUAUCUUUAAACCUGGUGUGAAUGCAUGCGUAAUCAAUCAUAUUAAAAAGAAGAAUUAAAUCUUAAUACAAGAUUUGGUUAUAUCCCAACUAUUUAAAUUAACGUGGGCUGUUUCUUUUAAGGAUAGUGUGGGAUUGUGAGUUUAAAUGUUCGUUCAUGAAGAGUUUAACACUUGUGACAUUGUGCAAACAGAAGAUCAAUUAGAAUAAUUUGCUGAUUUUGCUGAUUUACAGUGAAAACCGUGUAGCCACGAUAUGUAACCUUGACCUUCAUGUCCCAGACGCCAAGAUCGUGAAUUUAUAUUAGUGCAAAUAUGCGGUUACUAUGGAUACAGAGUGUUUUAUUAAAUAUCAAUAUAAGUCUUCAACAAAUAAUGUGCAAAACUACAGCAAAAACAAACACAUUCAGGAGUGUCACCGAGUUUUGAUUUGCAUCUAAGGAUAUCUGAAUAUAGCAAAUCGUUUUUAUAACAUUUGGGUAAAACCAGGAGAAAAAGCCGGCCAUGAUAACCACGAUGCACAUAGCGUGGUUCUAUUACCGGGACAUGUGUUACUGGUUCCUGGGUAAACUUCACGUGAGACAUAAGCGACGGAUGGCGGAACAGGAAGUACAGAAAUGUCUGCGGUGGCUACUUGAUCAGAAGGAAAACCUGGAAGGAACUCCGUAUGGGGAAAACAAGGCUGCGGUUGACGCUGCUUCCGGAGCGCACGGUCGCUGGAGGGCGCAGCUGAAUGAUUACCGGAAGUCCAUGGACAAACUUAACAAUGUACAUAGACUGCGAGAUGACGAAGUGGAGGAGCUGUAUGGAACCUACAAGGAUCUCCAGACGCUAUCUGAGAAGAAAAGCAACUGUUUCAACGUGAUGUCAAACAUAACAGCGCUUGAAGAGCAAAUUCAGAGUCUCGGGAGCGAGGUGGACGCCCGGGCCGUCCAUCUGGUCAACAUGGCGGCCAACAACCGGUCACAGACGAGCGCACACCUCAACAACGAGAGUAUGGCCGAAAAUACACAGCGGUGCCUAACUGGAGUGCGUAAGGCGUGGCGCUGGUUGGACGAGAUGAUGCAGUGCACACACGUUCACCUAGCUAACGCCGCGGCGUACCACGAGUUUUUCCACGAGGUGGAGGAGGUAGACCACUGGUUGGCGUCUACCAUGUCACAGAUGCACCUUACCUUCGCCCGGGCUCGCAUGGCCGGACACGCCGGGGACCUCAAUGGCAUCAGGGUAGAAAUCAAGGACACGAUGUUGGCGUACCUGCGCUGGCAGAGCAAGGUUGACGGGCUUUUCACGCGCGCACGUGACAUUGUGCCCGUGCAUAGACGUACGACCCCGGUCAUCGACCAGUGUCAGGUCACCGCCCUAGCAUCGUACAACGGACCACAGAUCCAGUUCCAGGAAGGGGAGACUCUAACGCUCCUCGACAACUCCGACCGGAAGGAGUGGCGCGUGCGAAACUCACGGGAUCAGGUGGGUGUGGUCCCCGCCGUAAUUAUCCUCAUCAGCGGACCCUCGGGCGAGGCGGUAGACGCCGCCGUAAGGUUACGCCUCCAACUUCUUGGGCUGUGGACUUCGAGCGUUAAACGUCUGGGGUACCAGAUGAUCGCAUUCAUGCAGCUCGUGUUUAAGGACUGGAAUGAGGAGGAGAUAAAAGCGAUCCAGAGGAUGCCGGAAGCGGACCGGAGGCAGCUGUCAGAGACACUGUCUGCCGUGGACGAGGAGCUUGGCCGCACAUGGCGCGGCUACCCGGGGUUCGAGGACCUGCAGGAGCGGAUGUCGCGGCUUCAAACCAUUCUGGAGGAGGCGAAUUCCAACCCACCCCCGCCCUCAACCGGAAGUAAUGGGGAGGUAGUCGUGCAAGCCAAGAUGUUGGAUGAUCUGUUAAGCCAGUACAAGGAGUUCUGGACGUACUGGGACACAUACAGGUCUGUGACGGAGAUGCUCCGGCAGCCCCGCUACAUCCUCGUAUGUGACCGCUGGGACCAGCUGAGAUAUACCACCACCGCGCACUACAUCAGGUUCUGGGACACAAACCUCGAGUUACCAAAUGGGGACGGGAAGACUUACAAGGCGGAGGCGGCCCUCAUCCUACAGGAGACGCCACGUGGCGGACGGCUCCAACCGGAAGUGGCGGUGGAGGAGACGAUGACGUCAGAAGCGGCGGACAGAACAGACAGCACCGUCAGUGACGCAAUGGCCAAACUGACCAUCGGAGACGAGGACGAGGAUCAGUGGACGAGCAGCACGGAAGUGACGGAAGUGAGGCGGCGGCAGCAGCUCACCACGGACGAAGUGGUUCAGUCCACAGAGGAAGUGCGUCAUACAUACAUCAUCAAGAGUGUGUACGAUCCCCGGACCCAAGAGAACAUCUCCCUCACGGAGGCGGUCGUUGCGGGCAUCAUUGACCAGGUUGCAGGUCGCUACGUGGACAUCGUGACAGGGACGAGCGUGUCCUACCAGGAGGCGAUGGCUAACGGUGACAUCACGGUGGAGUUCAAGUCUCAGCGGAAGGUCCGAGAGGAGCGUUCGUCGUACGGCAUCAUCACGGUACGAACCUCCCGGGAAAGCCGCCCGUACACAGUCACCGCCGUCACCGACCCAGCCACAGACAAACAGCUCUCACCGGACGCCGCGUAUGAGAAAGGAAUCCUGAGCAAGACGGAGCCUAUAUAUAUUGGAGCGGGCGGGGAGAGGAUGCCCCUCCUGGAUGCCAUAUAUGUGGGUCAUGUGCAGGCUAAUUUCCUGGGCACACCGGAUGAAUCAGAGGAGGAGACCAUCACGUACGCCGUCAAUGGCGUCAUCGACCAGCGUAAACGUGACAAGCUGUCAUUCCAUGACGCGAUCAGCCAGGGUCUGCUUGACGCAGAGGAGGGUGUUUACGUGAACAACGUAACGUGGGAACGCGUGCCAAUAACUGACGCUAUCAUGAAGGGAUUAAUAAAAGCGAAGAUUAUUACAGACACCUCCAGUCUCGAUAUCGACCCAACGAAUAAGAUUGUUGUUCAGAGGUUAGGGUCGGUGAAAGAGAAAAUCUUGAAGGCUGUAAAAACUGCCCGGGCGUUUAAAAUGAAUGUGCCUGAGUUAGGCAAGUAGCUUGUUGCUGUACUGUUAUAUAAGAAUACGUUGAGUUGCAUUUAAACAGAGCAUUUAAAGUCAAAUUUAUUAUAAUAUAUAUUUCGGUGGUAUGCGAACAACUGCGAGUUUCUUUUCUUCAGCCUCGAUGUAUUAACAUACACAUGGACUUGUGAAUUCAAAAUACAUGCAAUGAAAUACAGCAUUGACUUUAGUUUAGCCAAGUUCUGUAUUGGUCAUCUGGUUUGGAUAUUCUCAUAUAGUUGCCAUGACACCCACAAAGAAAAAAUGUAUAAGCUUCUUAAUUUUUGUUCCGCAUGCUAACGCUUUCAUGGUGGUCUACUAGAUGUGUUCUAAUUUAAUUCCUACGCCGGGUCACACCUGGUUUUCUCGUGUCAUAAAUAUAUAUUAUAUACUAUAUAUAUAUAUAUAUAUAUAUAUAUAUAUAUAUAUAUAUAUAUAUAUAUAUAUAUAUAUAUAUAUAUAUAUAUAUAUAUAUAUAUAUAUAUAUAUAUAUAUGUAUAUAUACAUGUAUAUAAUAUUCUCCAUACCAAAACGCAACAGGAAUAUCUUUGUUUAAUGUAGCCGUGUAGUGGCAAUCUACAAGCGUUAUUAAAUUUCUGACUUUUGGUUCAAUAAGGAUAUUUUCUCAUUUCAACUGCAAUUGUUUUUUUCUUUGCGCUUUCGACACAGCCAAGAACAUUGACUUACAGUCGGUGCUAUGUGGGGCAAUCAUGUCCCUGUUGUCUAUAUGAAUAGUUUUCUUGUAUAUUUGUUUGUUUAAACAGUUUCGUUACGUUUCCGCUUGUUAUAAUGCCUAUUGAUGUUGUAGUCGGUUAUAUAGUCGCUUUAGAAUAGUUCUGUCUUUUAUUGAUUUCAACCAUUUUAAAACAUUGUUACCCUACCCAUCCCCAUAUGUACUUAGCAAUAUAUUGUGGUAAAAAAGUG